AUGGCGGCGACACUCACCCAGAAGCAGACGCAUACGAUCGACCCGAAGCUCCAGCCAUGGGUUGAGAAGUACCGCCCAAAGACGAUCGACGAUGUGUCGAGUCAGGACAACACGGUCGCUGUACUGAGGAAGGCUCUGAUGAGCACGAAUCUCCCGCACAUGCUCUUCUACGGCCCGCCGGGAACAGGCAAGACGUCCACGAUCCUCGCCCUCGCGCGGCAGCUCUUCGGCCCCGAUCUCUUCAAAUCGCGCGUGCUCGAGCUGAAUGCGUCCGACGAGCGCGGCAUCUCCGUAGUCCGAGAAAAGAUCAAGACGUUUGCGCGCGAGACGCCGCGCCACAACCCCGGCGUCGCGAGCGAUGGCAAGGAGUACCCCUGCCCGCCGUACAAGCUCAUCAUCCUCGACGAGGCGGACAGCAUGACGCAGGAUGCGCAGAGUGCGCUCAGACGUAUCAUGGAGACGUACUCGCGCAUCACGCGGUUCUGUCUCGUGUGCAACUAUGUUACGAGGAUUAUUGAGCCCGUCGCCUCGCGCUGCUCCAAGUUCCGGUUCCGCCCGCUGGAGCAGUCCUCGUCGCAGGCGCGCAUGGAGAUGAUCGCCGAGAACGAGGGCGUCCAAGCCGACCCGGGCGUGCUUGAGCUCAUCCUCCAGCUCGCGGGCGGAGACCUCCGCAAGGCCAUCACAUACCUCCAAACAGCGCAGAGGCUCCACCAGGCCUCGGACCCCCCGACGCCAAUCACGGCGAUGAGUGGUAAGUCCAGCAGCGCGCCAGCGCUGCCCACUGCUUUCUUCCCCCUUAGCUACUUGAAACCCAGUGAGCUGACAGCAGUACACGAGAUCUCGGGCGUCGUCUCCUCGAGCGUGAUCGACAACCUCCUGCGCUCCAUGGGCAUUGAGCCGGGUUCGGGGCUGAAUCCCACGCUGGCGAACGGAUUCGAGGGCGUGCGCAAGGCCGUCCGUUCCGUCGGUCGCGAGGGAUGGUCAACAGGCCAGGUCCUGGAGCAAGUGCACGAUGCGCUGAUCCCGCUCGCUGCCAUUCCAACGAUCGCAAAGUCGAAUGCGGCGCUCGCGAUCGCAGAGUGCGACAAGGCUUUGUGCGAGGGCGGUGAUGAGGAGCUGCAGCUGCUCGAGUGCUGUCUGAGGAUUAAGGAGGCCAUGGAUAAGGCCUAG